AUGAAGAUACAAAACAACAAAACGCACCCAUCAUCACCAUUUGCAGAUCCUGUUCAUAGUCACCAUCACCUAAACACCACAGCAGCCCACCGUCUUUAUUUUCAUAGUAGAUCCUACUUGAAAGCCCCUGUUCUGAUAAUCUUCAUCACAAAAUGGACCCUACAACCUUUAGAACACCACCGCAAAUCACCAAGCAUCAGAACUCAACCAUCCAACACCACCUGCUACUCCGUUGCCACAGCUUCCAUUCUUAUCGUCUUCCAUUAUUUUAUUCCUUCUUUCCGAUUUCCAACUCGCCGCCCUCCUCCUCCAUUACUCUUUCUUUCGCUUUUCCUUACUUCCUCUUUCUUCCUUCUUCACUCUUCCUUUCUUCCUUUCUCUUCCUUUCUUUCGCUUUUCCUUACUUCCUCUUUCUUUCUUCUUUGCUCUUCGUUGCUCUUUCGUUGCUGCGUUUUUGUUCUCCCUCCCUCCGCCUGUUUCUUUUGUAGGUAUGUUCGUCAUCUCUCAAAUCACCUAAUUCCACGGAAGAGAAGAGGAAAACACCCACCAAACUCCUCCACUGUACCGACUUGUAUCACCGCCGACAUCGUCGCCACACCGGCUGCUGCUCUAUCUCUUCCUCUAUGCUUAAACAAAUCAAGUGGAGUUGAGGGUAAGGACUGUGAAGAAUCAUCGUUACGAAGAAGAAGAGGAUGA